GCGAGGCGGGGCGGGGCCCGGCGCGGCGGGAAGGGGAGGCCGAGCCGGUCCGGAGCCGCGCCGCACCAGCCGGGCUGCAGCCGCCGCGCACCGAACGCAGCGAUGGGGCUGGAGACCGAGAAGGCGGACGUGCAGCUCUUCAUGGACGACGACUCCUACAGCCGCCACAGCGGCGUCGACUACGCCGACCCCGAGAAGUUUGCGGACGCGGGCGGGGAUCGGGAUCCGAACCAGCUCAACUCGCAUCUCAAGGUGGGCUUCGAGGAUGUGAUCGCAGAGCCCGAGUCUACGCACUCCUUAGACAAAGUAUGGAUCUGCAGCCACGCCCUCUUUGAAGUCAGCAAAUAUGUGAUUUACAAGUUCCUGACAUUGUUCCUGGCUAUCCCCCUGGCCUUUGCUGCGGGAAUUCUCUUUGCCACCCUCAGCUGUCUGCACAUUUGGAUUGUAAUGCCAUUUGUAAAGACGUGCCUCAUGGUCCUGCCUUCCGUACAGACGAUAUGGAAGAGCGUGACAGAUGUGGUUAUUGCCCCACUGUGUGCGAGCGUGGGACGCAGCUUCUCUUCUGUCAGCGUGCAGCUGAGCCGCGACUGAACACUCGCACCCCAGGUCUGGACAUCUGGAUACUGUAAUUCUUGUUCGUUGUUAUAACAUAAAAGCACCACUGUUCUGUGCGUUUCCAACUGUUCUAAUUAAGAAAACUGUUAAGAUGGGCAACCACAUUUAGAAAUGUUUAUUGGCAAAUCUUUUCAAAUCUUCUCACCCAACGCUUUUCUAAUUAAUAACCAAAAAUUUCAUAUCUAACUUUAUAACCAGAAGUAUACAGUAGGUUGGCAACACUUAAUUUUAAAGGCAGACAGUUUUUGCUUUAGAACAAAACUAUACAUUUUGCCAUGGUGAACUUAUAAUGAUCCAAGGACAUUUCAAACACUACGAUGGUUUUAUGUAUAAGUGCUGAUAAAAAAUACCAGAUUCCCUAUUUUUUUUACUCUGGAAGUAAUACUUUUUAAAUUGCCUUUGCAGAUAAAGUCAUGGAAAUAUUGAGAAAUGAGAUAUUCAAAGAUCCUAGAAAUUACAGUAACAAAAGCAUAUAGUGGUGAUAGGAGCUAUCAAAUAUAAUAAAGCAAAUGUGAAAAUAGAUUCAUAUAAAUGAGUUCCUUUAAAUAAGGUAUUGUUAACCUACAGGCCUAUUUAAUAAGAUGUUUCAUUUUACUGUAUAUUUUGUACUUAAUAUUAAGUGUUGCUCUAAUCAGAUUGCUUUAAAGCACUUUUAUUAUAUUUGUGAUCUUGUUGAGCUAAUAUAUAGAAUGAGUAAAUGUAUCUUCCACAAGGAACUUCAUUGGUGAAACUGCAUUGUCUUGAUUAUGUAAGCAUCUAUAUCUUCUCUGGGAAUAGAAGUAACAGAGUAAUAUACUAGGCUUUUCUUUCUAACUCUUCCAAGAAAAAACCUUGAAAUGUUUUAUAAGUAAUGUUUAUCUGGCUGUGAUCUCAAAAUAAUCUGUAUGUAAUUCUUAUUUUGUCUAGGUGAUGCUUUCUCUCUUGUAGUUAGAAAUUAGAACUGUAUGCUGCAUUCUUAUUAAUGUUUCAUUUUACCUUCAAGUAAUAUUGGUGCUAUUUAAUAACAUUUUACAAUAAAGGCUAUUGCUGACACUUAGGUAAGAUUUUACCUACAGUGAUUCAUGUAGAGACUUACAAGAAAAUGGUCGAUUUGUUGGGUCAAUGCUACUGAGUUAUGUAUAGAAGUUAAACACUAACAGCUACAAACUUUCAAUAUGUUGUCUAAUAUGGGUUUUGUUACACAGUAUAAAAUUAUUCUUAUCAUUUUUGAACUGUAGAAUCCCAUUCAAUGUUAUGAGUCGCUGUCGUUUUAAAAAUCUCAUUGUUGCAAAAUGAUAGGCAUAUGUAAAAGUUCUCUAUGAUGUGAGCAGUUACUGUAAUUUACACAUCUUAAAAGUGUAUAAAUGAUCAAAUUUCAGAAUUGCUAUCAGCACCUGAAUUAACAUUCCUUUGAAUAUCUUCCUAGAUGACAAAUCUUCAUUCAAUGAAGAUUAAUUUUAUUUUUCCAAAUUGUCAGGACUAGUGAAUAUAAAGGAUGAUUAAACUGAAAUACUAUUGGGGACCAAAUCAAAUGAAUGAUUAAAUUAUGAAAUUCAUGUUUUUGAAGGUAGCUUCAAAAGACACUUUUCAAAAAAGUCUUAGGUCAUUACAGCAUCCUUAGAAAAGCCCUCAUGAUCAUUACCUUAAAGCAUUACCAACCAUUUGACUGUAUAGAUUUUAUUAUGUUAGUUAAAGAGGUUAAAUCAGUCUCAUGACUUUAUAAUUAUACCUUGUAUUUAAAGUGUUCUUUACAUAUAAUUAGAUACGUUGGUUGGCCAAAGUAUUUGAUUAAUAAAAUAUCUAUUUAAAUAAAUCAUGAAAUUCUGUCUUUUCAAAUAGCUAUUGGCAAGUUUUAAAGCCAAAAUAUGUACACAUAGUUAUAUAACAAAACCUAUUAACUUUUAACAAGUGAUACACAUGCAUUCUUAUUUCUGAAUAGCAUUGAAUACUAUCAGAAUGAAUUUUUAUUGAGAUUUGCCACUAAUUAUUUCAAAGACUGAAAUUUUGCACCAAGUGGACCGAGUUUUCAUGUGGAAACAUGUUUGUUCUUUUAGCUGGGGGGGGAGAGGUAGGUGACAAGAAGACCUUCCCAAUAUCCAUAAUAAACUUUCUAAACACCCAUGAAACGUGCUCAUUGCUUUUAUUACAUUAAAAAUAGGACUGAUCAAUAAAGAACCUUUUCAAACUUAUUUUACCUUAUUAAAAACUCAUAAUAGAUAAAAAUGCAUGAGUUAUUGCUUAUUCAGAAAUGUGUUUGUCAAAAAUGAUGAGACUGGUAAUUCAAUUCUUUGAACCACUUAAAGCAGUUCCCUAUAAUUUUUUGUAUCAUUUGAGGAAUAGUAUGGAAUAGCUUGUUCACAAACCCACCAUAUUUCAUCUUCUUCAUGAAAUAAUAUCUCUUGCUAAUCCUAAAUAAACUGUUAUUUCUGUUUUCAAUUUUUUUAAUAAGAAAGUAAAACAAUAUAAAUCACAUGUACUUGGAUACUGAUACCAUGAAGCCAGUAUCCAAAAUUAUUUUUGGAAAGUGACUUUGUGAGGAGUGGUUGCUGGUAUUGGCAUAGAUUUUGUCGUCAGUUAAUCUGGAAAGUUGACCAAACUCUAAUAAUAAAACAGGUGUUUGGUUGUUCAAAAUGCCCUUUAUAGUUACAAAGAACUUAAAAAGUCCCUCUUUUCAAUAGUUAUCCACAUCCCAUGAAUUUAUUUAGAGGCCUUUCUGGGGAAGCUGUUGGCAUAUAAUGAAGAGCCACUGCCUCCGGGUCUUGCAUCUGAAGCUCUGAAGCGGUCUCAGCUCGGCCGUGCCUGAAGCACGUCGCCUCCCGCAAAUGGUUUUCUUCUCUUUAAUGAAAGGAUCGGAUUUAAAAGGAGCUUUCAAGCUCAUUGUUUUCUGUGAUUUUAGAAGGGUGAAGACGUGGCCAUGUAUAUGCAAACCAAUAUAUCUGUUCAGUUCAGGAAUUUUUUAAAAAUCAUGAAUUUUCUAUCAGAGGGUUGGUGUGCUAUAAAUAUAACAAUAAAUUUAUUCCCUUUCACUCUUCACUUGAUUGUGAGACUGUGAUGUGGCUUUGAUUCUUCAUGACAGGGAUUCCUAGAUUUAUAACAAUUCUAAGUCUUUAUUAUUGUGACAUCCCCCGCCCCCCAAUAAUAUGUAACUCUGUAUUUUAAAUUAA